AUGCCUCCCAAACGUAAAAGCAAGAAGGACGAGUCUGAUGAAGAAGUAUUUGACUCGGACGACUCUGACGUCAAGCAACCACCUACCCGCAAGCCUAAAUCAUCAAAGAAGGAAGAACCUGAUCUCGCAUCAUUGACUCCAUCAAGGAAAUCAACAAGAGAGAGAAAAGUUAUCGUUUACGAUGAUAUUGCCAGUACCUCUGAAUCGGGCAGUGAAGAAGACGAUGAAGUAGAAGGUGGUGAUGAUGGUGUAGUGGAAGGUGAUGCUGCUGCUCCUGAAGGUGGAGAGGAAGGAGAGUCUGCAGUAGAGACUUCAGCUGCUGUUGAAGAACAAGAAGAGCCAUCAGGUGCUGUUACUGGUGAAGAUGAGGAACCCAAAGAGGGCGAUGAAGAGCAACCAAAGAAGAAGAAGGCAGGCCGUCCACCAGCCAAGAAGCCCAAAGAAGCCGUUCCAGCAAAGAAGAAAAAUCAAGCAAAAGCAAUCUCCUCACAACAUGACCCAGAUGAGACCAAGACUCGAUACUUUUUACUCAAGGCUGAACCAGAAUCUAGAGUUGUUAAAGAUAUUGAUGUCAAAUUCAGUAUUGAUGAUUUGAAGGAAAAGGGUACUUCGCCUUGGGAGGGUGUUCGCAACUAUGCUGCCCGAAACAUCAUGAUGGAAAUGCGAACCGGAGACAUGUGCCUGUUCUAUCACUCGAAUUGCAAGCCACCAGGUGUCGCUGGUAUCUGCAAAGUUGUUAAAGAAGCUUAUCCAGAUUACACUGCAUGGGACGAAACACAUCCUUACUUUGAUCCCAAGACAAACAAAGAAGAUCCCAAAUGGCACAUGGUAGACGUUGAAUUCGUACGCAAAUUGGAUCGCUUCAUACCCUUGAAAAGACUACAACGAGAUGAUGGUGAAGAGUUGAAGAAUAUGGCCUUGUUAAAGUAUGGCAGAUUAUCUGUACAACCUGUCUCCAAAGCAGAAUUCGAUUAUGUCUUGCAAUUGUCUGAAAAGGCUGAUAGUGAUGAGGAAUGA